GAUGGAGGCGAGAAUGCAACUGGUAUUAGAACGCAGAAUUCGACCACCCUACUUCUGCAAUCAUGCUCUUCCCUGUCGUGGCACUUGCCUUCCUGCCAUUGGCUAUCUGCUCUCCUUUCGAGCAAUACCCAUACUACUUCACGAAAGGGGAUAAGACUUUCAACCUGAAUGCGGACUUCGACAAGAACGGCGUCGUGUGCAUCCCGGGAGGCGAUCCCUGCACCCCGUCGUAUACUUACCAGCUUGACCUCAACCACUGUUUCACGAACGACGGAGGCCGCAUCAUCGGCAGGAAGGAUGGAUGGUUCGCUGCCUCUUGCUCAGACUGCGGCCAGAGCCACGUUCCGAACCAGUUCACUUGUGAUUGCGGGGACGGCAAAGGGGGCUCGAAGACAUCUUCCGGCUGGUAUUACACGAGCGGCGAUUUAAAAAGCCCUCUUGAGUACACCGAGCCGGGAAGGUUUUCGUGCUAUGGCCAUCAGGCCGAGAGGGUCGGCGUGCAAUCUAACUAGACCGCUUGAUAGCUCUCUAUUUUGAUUCUUGUUUGGUGACGAUUCGGUUAACGGCCUUUUGCGAAGAGGGAUUCCGGGGAAGGAUGGGACAAGAUUCAUAGCCUGCCUACUUGUUCGAGGCUUGUUCUGAGUGCCAUUCUCCUGAUUAUCAUUCGUUAAGGGGUGCGCUAGAGGCAUAAGCAACCCGUCUCCGAUUUAACAACGAGAUUUCAAUUCGCUUAUUUUUUUCCCC